AUGACUGAUACUGGUGUAGGUAAAAAAAAGUGUAAGACUUACUUAAUAUUAAUAAUAAUAAAAAGAAACAUUUCUUACUUCAGGAUCUGAGGAUGAAAAUGAAGAAGUUAUUGAAUUUGAAAUCCUUGCAAUCUUUUCUCAUCAUUAUCCCUUCAGUUUGUAAAAAUAAAAGGAUGAUCAAUAACAGUUCAAAGAAGGUGGGCAUUUUGAUUUUAUUGACUAACUUAGAGUAACUUAAUUUUUUUUUUUUAAGGAAAUCAGUAUGUUAUUAUUAUAACGAAUUGGCUAUUCAGAUAUAUCAUAAUCAUAAAGUAUCAUAAAGAGUGAGAGUGAGAGGCUGGGUUUAUUAAAAAAUAUUUAAAAUAUUAUUGUUGGUUUUGUAAGACAAAAUUUGGUAUUAAAUUUAAAUGAAAGAUAACUGAAUGGACUAUACUAUACUAUAGGCCUACUAUAAUACGUUUGCAAUAGCCGCCAUUCUGACCCAUGUCCCUUUAUUAGACUAAAUGCUGAAUUUCAGAUGUCAGUUGUGGUAGUUUAUUUUAUUUAAACUGAAGAAGUAAGUUUACAAACAUAAAAUAAUAUAGUCCAUCCAUUCAAUUAUCUUCCAUUUGAUUCCGAAUAUUGUCUUACAAACCCAACAAAAUAUUUUAAAUAUUUUUUUUCAAUAAACCCAACCUCCCACUCUUGAAUCCUAGGCCCCAAUAGCCGCAGCUUUAUUAAUUAUUAUUAUUAGAAUUAGAAGUUUAGCGUAGCUUGAGUUUGAGGGCUAUGCCCACUUCUGGCUUUAAGUUAUUAAAAUAAAGAGAUUUUUAAUAUUUGUUGUACUUGUGUUGCUUUUGAAUUUAUUUAUCAGACAUUUAUUUCAUUAAUCCAUAAAUUUAUUUAUCGCUAUUUACAUUGAUGAUUGUUUUACCCAUCAGUAUCAGUAUUAUUGCACAUAAACUAUAUAAUAAAAUAAUUAUAUUAUUAACUAAAGCAGGGUCCAAUAAAAUAUUUGGAAAAUAAUGGCAUGUAUUUGCCUCAAAAUCAAUGUUACUACUUUUGAUCUCUUUUCUGAAAGUCAUUGAGACAUGAUCAAUGAUUUAGAAUUAGUAAAAAUAACAAUAAAUUUAAAUAAAUGACUAAUAAACCAAUAAUUAACCUUCAUUUUAUUAUUUGUAAUGAAUUAGUUAUUGCUUUUUGGGGAUUUUAUCAAAUCAGUUUUAAAUAGUUUGCAAAUAUAUCCAUUUAUAGAUAAUAACAGGAAAUAGUUAUAUUAGGAUCACAAUAUAAAAUUGUAAUUUAGUCAUCAUAAAAUUACACUAUUAGCAUGCAACAAAAUUUAUCAAGACAAAGAUUCAGAAUAUUUGGCUAAAUAUUAGCAGAAGGGAAGUAAAACACUUUUUGUUUUUUAGUUUUCCACCAGACGUGUAGUAGCUUCUCCACCAAGCACGAUCAAAGAUGUUUUACUUAAGUGGACAAAAACAUUUCAGUCACAAAAAAUAGGAGAACCAGAUAUAAGUACUGAGUACAUCAUUGCCCACGUGUUGGGUGCUAAAACAGUGAGUACUUAUUGGUAGCUUGGGCUUUUUCAGUGCAUAGUUGCACACUACAUUCAGAUCUACUCACAGACCCACAACCACAAAAAAAAUGUAAUACUUUGUUAAUUGCAUUAUUUUUUAUUUAUUUUAAGCUUCAUAACAUAAGUGAUAAGACCCAGCUGAAUAAAUCAGAAAUGGCUGAGAUAGACAGGCUGUGUCACCUCCGGUUGUCUAGGUAAGGUUGGACAAUAGUUUGUAACUAUUAAAAUGCAAUCACAUGUAUGUACAUUGCUGAUUACUAUCCGGAUUUUUUUUUAUGUGAUAGGUUGUCCUAGGCCCAGUUGUUAAGUAUUAAAGCCAGCUUCACUGUAUAAUAUACUCUAGCACACUUUAACAGAAAAAAAGACUAAGUAAACUUAGCCAGACAAAAACACUUAUUUACUUAAUACAAGUCAAAAAUAUGUUCUUAUACAUAGUUUUUAAACUAUUUUUGUUUUACUACAUACUAAAACUAAUUGCUGAAAUUCUUUGACACUCAAAUAGUGUAUUAACCCUCUUGAGACAAAUGGGCCGAUCUAUCGGCCCAUGGUGGAGUAGGGUGGAGUAGUGAAAAAGACGGAUGUCUGAUCCAUCAGCCUGAUAGUUCAAGCCUCAAGAUUGGCUGGCUAGUCUUCAAACCAGCGAAUCGGAUUGCUUCUUACAUAUUCCUGCACAUCCCGGUAUCAAAAUGACAGCCUGUGUUGUUAGUUUACUAGCUUUUGUUGUGCUAAGGAACUUUCUUAGUGGGGCAAGUAAUAUCAUAAAAUUCCAAAAUGUCUGGCAGUGACACUGAUCAAACUAUCCUUAGUGAUUUUGAUAUUCUAGCAGGGAAUCUGACACUGGCACUGACAAAAACCAACAGGAAAGUAAUGAAGACUAUCAAAUGAUGAUGUUAACCCUAAUGUUGUGAACCCUUGGUUUAGUAUUAGGGGUCCUCAACUGGAUAGAGAUGACCCCUCUAAAUUUUUAGACAACAUAGGUCCUAUAAAUAUGCCUCAAGGAAUAAGCACCCCAUUUGAGUACUUUAAUGCUAUGUUUUUACACUAAAUAUCACUCAUAUGUUAGUAAGAGAGACCCUAGGUAUGCAGACAACUCUCUCAGUAACACCUAACUUAAGAGAAGGUACCAACGUCAUGAAUGGGGGCCUGUUGCAGUGAGUGUUUGUAGCAACUGAAAAAUAGCUGGGGCAGGAAUAGGAGUAGAACUAUGUGCCAGAAGUGUCUGAAGGGCUCUAACUCUAUGGGCCUUGUUUCCCAAAAACACAAGUGUUAGGACCUAUUCGGGCUUCAUCCAUCAAAAAAUUCACACAAUUGAUGUCAUGUUUAUUCUAAGUUUAACAAUAAAUUAUUUGCAUAAAUUAUGCAAAUCAGGAUAGCUUAUUUGCAUAAAUGUUGAGAUUUCAGUUUGAUUCUUAAAGGUUGUAUUAAUUAACUUAAAUUCAUAUACAGUUUUAUAUAUUGAAAGGAUAUAGUUAAUUUUUUAUAAUUUUUUUUUUGCAAUGUGAAUGCUGAGCUCGUAAAAAGUUCUCCGUCUUUUUGGCACAGAAUCCCCAAAAAGGCUCCGUCCCAAAAGGGUUAAGGAAAAUAUUUACUGUUUUAGUGAUUAGCAUUUUUUUUUUUUUAAUUUAAUUAUUGUCAUAUUAAAUGACAAAGAAAUUAAAUUAAGAUGGAUUAUAUCAUUUAUUUUUUUUCCAAACAUGUUUUAUUUAAAUCAAAAUCUUGUAACUUAUCAAACCAUUUGUCCACACUAUAAAUAACUAUUAAUACCAAUAUCUAGUCUGAAUUGCAUUUUGUUCCACAUCAAUUAUUUUACAGUCACCUACGAUUCAUGGCUUAUUUUUUCCUCUUUUAAAACAUGGGUAAAAAAUACCCACAUUCUCUCUCUACUCAAUCUUCUGUCUUUUCCAACUCGUAGCAUGAAUUUUAUUCACUAUCAAAAAUAAAUCAAAAUUUAUACAUCCCUCAAAUGUGCCUGAUACUCUUGACACUGGGACUGAGUUUGCAGCACCUCCCACAUAAAAACAUGAAACAGCUUGCUUCAAACAUAUUAAAUCACUGGUGAAUUAGAUGGGGAAUAGUUUUACACUAUUUGACCCAGAAAAUGUUUGCACAAAUUAGAUCUAUACUAAUGAUAAUAUUACAAGUUUUCUCAACAAGCUUAGUGUUCAGAUAAGAAAAUUGUCUCUAUACUAAUAAUAAUAUUUCAGAUUUUAUCAACUUGUUAAGUGUUCAGAUAAGAAAGUUUUCUAUAUACUAAAGAAAAUAUUUCAGACCUUUUUCAUUUAGCUAAGUGUUCAGAUAAGAAAUUUGUCUCUUAAAUUAAGGGAAAAUUGAACCUAUCCAUUCUAUUUUAUUUUUAUUUUCAAUAUUGCUCAACAUACAGAAUGCCAAUACAAUACAUUAUAGGAGAAUGGGAUUUCCUUGACUUGACACUAAAAAUGAGACCCCCUGUUCUGAUACCCAGACCAGAAACUGAGGUAAGUUCAACUUUUUAAAAAUUAUUCAUUCGUUUCACUUGAUCCAAAUGUUUUCAGAUCUACAAGUGUUACAGUACCUUAUAUAUUGUCUCAAAACUAAAAUUUUUCUUCAUCUAGAUCAGUUGUUUUCAAAGUAGGCUUGUACUGCUCAGGGGGUGGUAAAAUGUUCAGUAGUCUUAGUCUUAGGGGGGCGCUAUUUGAUUAUCAGCAUUAAAAAAGAGUCGUAAAUAGAUGUCACUGAGAAAUAAUAAGUACCUUCAGACACAGGAUCUUUAGUCACCGAAAGAUUUUAAAAAGUAUUUACCUGGGACACAAAAAUAAAACCAGUGUAAUCUAACUCAUAUUAUUUCUUCUAUUAUUUUUUAUGAACAUUAUUGUAAUGCUUAAUUCAUAAGUCUAAUAAACAAUGAUUAUUUAAGGAUUUAUAAAAACUGAUAUAGCAUGGUGCUAUUGUGUUUUAAUUUGAAUUUUAUGGAGAAAUGAAAUUCACUUGUUCUUCACAUAAAAAAUAAAUUAAAACUAAGCCAGUUUUUAAGAAGAAAAGAUAACUUUUAAAGAAAUUAACAGAUGCCUAAGUGACUAAUAUGCCAAAAGCAGUUGUGUAGCCAGGUUUAGCGCCACGGAGAGAGGGGGAGGGGGGUGGGGAUAAAAAUAUUUGUAACCUUCCUGCCACCUAAUACUUCAACAGCUGGCCAAAAAUGUGCCAAUAAAGAAAACAAAAGUGCAACCUGAGCACAUUUUAACUGGCAAACAAGAACUUAAUAUAUAUUCAAUCACUUUGACAAACUUCAAAAGAAACCCACACUAUUAACCAUGUUUUGCAAUACUUCUCUGCAAAGCACAGGUGGUUAGCCUACAAAAUUUCAUCAUUGAUUGCUAAAUCUGAAAAGCCCAUACAAUCAGUGAAUUUCUGAGUGCUGUUUAGCUCUUGAAUAAGGAAGCACUUAACACCAUAUUGGAUUAUGUGGGCAAGAUCGAGAAAAUCUGAGGCAAGGUAACAGUGCAAAUAGGCAAUGAAAAAUGACACUUGGUGUCAAAAACUGGCUGGCAGACACUUUAGAACAAAGUGGUACGGACAGUUGACAGACAGCACGAAGGCCAGAGAUGUAUUAGCUAACAUGCAGUUUCCUAAAAUCGGAAGCUGACAUCAGAGUCUAGUGACCCAAAUAAGAACCAAACACUGCCACACUAAUGCAUAAUUCAACAGGCUAGACAACAACAGGGACCCGACCUGCCGGCACAGCACACUGGUCCCAGAGAUACUAGCGCAUCUGUUGAUUUUGUGCCCUGCGCUGGAUGUUGAGGGGAGACUAGGGAGGCAGGAGAGUCCUACAUCAUGACAAUGUAAUGUCGCACAGCCCAGCAGCUUGUUGCCUAUGUACUAGCUGGGGCUUAAGAGCGUUAGCUCAAGCCUCAACCAGAAGACGUAUGUUACUUAAUUCAGUUUAAAAUGAUAUAGAGCUGGGGUCAAAGUUCAGGAGCUUGUACCAAGAGUUUUGUAUACAAGAUGAAAUUUCAAAUCAUUAUCCUGCACUGUGGAAAGUUGUUAAGAAACUUCUUGUCGCCUUUCCAACAUCGUAUUUGGUGGAACAUGGUUUUAUUGUUGUUGUAUAACUUUGCUCAAACCUAAGAAAUAAGCUCCUGAUUACUGAACCGCAAUUUAAGUAUUGUUAAUUGACUUUCAACCAGACAUGGAAAUACUGAUAUCACGUCACAAAGACCACCCAAAGCAUUAGGAAAAUUUGAACAGAGAAGAAAGUUAGUUACUAAUGUUAAAUGUCAUAUACAAAAUUCUUGAUGUAUAAUUAUACUACUUUAAAGUUGUGGAGGUGGUAUUUUUUACCUGUUUGCUUUAGAAAACCUUAUUAGGGAUAUGAUAGUUGGACUUUCAGUCGGGUUAUAUUAGGGAUACAUUAAUUUAAAAACAUGGGGCUAAGUAGAUUUAAUUGAGCUUGGUUAAAAACUGGUUUCUAUUUAAACCUGUUGUAGAAAAUGCCAAAAUCCAUGCAAGUGAAUGUAAUUUAUAGCAGGUGUUAGGGAGACAGUGUCAGGGGUGGUGCGGAAAGACCCAGAAAAUCAGAUUUAAUUUAUAUUAGCAUUUUUUAUUAUUUGUUGUGGGAUAUAUUUUUUGAAAAAGAGAUAUGGAAAUGGGAGUGCAGAAAAUAUUUGACAUUAAGAGGUGUGAUCCUGCAAAAAGGGAGAGAACCCAUGGUUUAUAGACUCAGGGCAGUGGCACUCACUUGUAGAUCUAGGGUAAAAAAAACAAGGCAGUUGCUUAAAACAGUAUAUUUUCAAUGCUAAUGCUUUUAAUCUAGAACUCUGUUGAAUGUCUUAUACCAACGAGUUCACAUCAGUCCCCAUGUAGUUUAAAACAAUUUUAGCAGCAGAACUUGAACUCACAGCUGUCGAGAAUUAACUAAACACCUUACACUAUAAUAAUUACUGUUUAUAAUCAUCAGUGGAUAUAUAAAUAGAGAACAGCAAAGGUUUUGGGGUUUUUUUUUUACACUGGGAUGAAACUAUUAAAGUAUUAGCCAUUAUUCUCUACUCUUUUGUAAACUGAUGUCACUAUUACUCAUACUGUCAUAUUCAGAAAGCUAUAUAUUUAUUACACUAAUUGUUGGGCACUACCAUAGAGUUUAGAUUAUUUUGACAAAAUAAACUCCUAAAUAUAUUGGGGUAUAGUAUAAAUUAUGCAAUACAUGUACAAUUUGUCUGGAGUUUGUAAUGUCAUUGUUUUGAUGUCUCUUUCAAGGGGUUAGCAAAUCUGUGCAUGAAAACGCUGAGUCAAAAAAGUCCUACAAGUGGGAUGUUUUUGGAAAUCGGACCAGGCACUGGGGCUGUAUCUUUGGCUAUGCUCAACAAGUUUAAAAAGGUAAAUUGACUGGUUGAAGUAUCUGAGGUUAUCUAUCAGCCAUAAGUCAUAGAGCAAUUUGAUGGAAUUAAAACUAUGAAAUUCAGUUAUAAAUGUAGAAUGUGAAUAAAAAUGUGUGUGAUGUGAAAAAAUUUAGCCUUCAUUGUCAUGUAACUUUGACCAACGAUAAAUUUUAGCUGACUGGAGUUGUAGUAGAUAUAUCACCUGUUGCCUGUUCCCUGACAGCAGAAAAUGCUGCACUUGUUGGAGUAAAUGAAAGAAUUCAAAUUAUUGAAGGAGAUUUUCGCAGCAGUAAAGGUAAGCACGUGAAAAAUCUAGGACUGUAACCAAUAUCUGGUUUAGAUCAUUGGGUUUUGAUGAAACUCAACUCUUUACAGUUUUCAAUAAAUGGGCAUACUUGUGUAAUACACAUAGCCAUAAUUUAUACUUACUGAAGUUAUUCAAAUUUAAUUUAUCAAAUAUAAAAUCCUUUUCUCACUAGGGAGUAACAAUCUUAUCCACUUUAGCUGACUGCAAAGUAGCAAUCACUUGUGAAAAUUUCCUUCAGUUUUAGAUCAGUUGAUUAAAUCAGGACCCUACUGUUUAAUUGUCAGCAAUCCCCCAUAUCUGACAAUGGAAGAACUAAAAAGCUUACAACCAGAAAUUCUACAGUGAGUAAAUAAGUUUUUUAUCGAGAAAAAAUAAAUAAUUGAUACAGGCUCAAAGAAUCAUAAAGGGGAAUUCACUCUUAAUAAUAUCCUUCAGAUGAAUAGGGGUUAAAAAACAUCUAAUUGUUAUAGGAGAUCAUACAACCUUUUUUUUGUUUUAUCCCCAGUUUUGAAGACCACACUGCUUUAAAUGGUGGUCAUGAUGGGAUGGACCUUGUGAAAGAAAUUCUCUCAAAGUCAAAUUAUUUAUUACAGGAUAAAGGGUACAUUUUUUAUGAUUAUUGAAAUAACAAUGUUCAGUUCAUCUCAGAUAUAAAAAGGAAGUAUUAUGUUUAAACUGUUACUUUGAAGAACUCUGCCUGGAGAGUAAUUAUUUUAAAUUUAAUAUUUUGUUCAAAGAGGAGGGUAGACUAUUAUAAUAAUAGUCAAGGACAUUGGUAAGAUUACAAUAAUUCAGGAAUAGCAGAAAUAAAUUCAAUAAAUAAUGUUUGAUUUUGUUAUAUUAUUUUACAAAGGUCUGAGCACAAUAACUUAUUUAAUAAAAUAUUAAUGGUGAUAUUUUCUUGUUAAAAUUUAGAGAUAUUUGGUUGGAAGUUGCCCCUCAUCAUCCCAACCUGAUUGACAGAUUUCUUAAAGACACCAACCUCAGGAAAUCAAUCCCUCUCAUCGAUGUUGUCAAAGAUUUUGGGGGAAAGUAAGUUAUGUUUUGUUUAAAAAUGGUAACCCUCUUUAUCAUUUAAGCCAUGAUAACACUUUCAUUAAGUGUUUAUUGAGUUUCCUGGUCUCCAGAGGCAUGUACUUUAGGGGCACAUUAGACGCUAAGAAUGGUGAAUAUGAGCUACAGGUGAAUGAUUACUAGCAAGUACUGCUUCAAUGGCCAGUGUUAUGAAGAGUUUUCUAAGAAGCAUACAAGCCAAUUCACAGCUGCAUUUGUAGUGAGAUAAUUGAUAUUUUAAAUUAAAAUAAUUUCUAUUUACUUAUUAAAUUUUAGGCAAUUUAAUGCUUCCAAUUGGCUAUCGCAAUCAUGAAAUUUGCUUUACUUGCAACUAAACUUAAUCUUUACCAUUUAUUUUUCAGGGAUAGGUUUUGCCAUUUUGAAAACAAAAAGAACUUGACAUAACAUACAAGAGAAAGUGAAUUGGUUUACUUCAAAUAAGUUUUUGUGUAAAUUAUUUUAAUACAUUUAAGCAUAUAAGAUAAUUUAUUAGAGUAUUAUGUUAUACAUUUGCACAAAAUAUCAAUCUUUUCAUCAAAAUUGAUGUAUGAACAGACUUAAAAAUAUAAAAUAUUUUAUGCAUGAUUAAAAUUGGUCAAACAACUCUUAAACAAAUGUUUCCACCAUUAUCAGUUUAAUUAUUAGCUUUUUCACUCCUGAGAAUCCUUGGUUGGACUGACCCAAAACUUUGUGGAAUUAUAAUAUAACAAACCAAUGCAAUGUUUCAUUGCUUAAGAAAAAAGGAUUGACUCAU